AUGUCUUCAGCUAAUAAUAUUGAAAUCACAAAUUUUAAUUUUUUGGAUAGUCAACGUAAUCCUAUUGCUACAGUUACCCAUCAAACUUUGACCAUCGCUGGACCAUCAAACAGUGGAGUAAUUGAAAUUCCAAGUCGUAAAACAACAAUUAAAUAUUCAAUUAAAUCAAAAACAGUUGUAUCAUCAACUUCAGUUGUUAUUCAUAAUUUGGAAGGUGCUUUAUCUGAUACAAUUAAUAAUGCUCCUAAUUAA